AUGGGGAGAAAAAGAGGCGCGAACUGGACGCGUAAGAGGAAAAGGAAAAUGAAAGUGGAGGAGAUAAAGGAAAAGGAAAAGGGAGAAGAGAAGGCGGAGUUGUCCGCAGAAGGCUCUCCGUCUAUCGAUGAGGAGGAAAUGCAGGUGGAAAUGGAGCUUCGGCUGUUAGAAGCUCUUGAAAUCUAUCCUCCCGCCAAAUUGAAAGGAAUUCAUCGCCAUUUUGUGCUUUAUGGGUUAACCCAACAUAUGCAAAGAAGUUUGAAAAAGCAAAUAACUCCUGAUGACGUUUUGAAGCUGUUGGAUCGCUUCUACAACUUGGAAAUGCUGGAGCCAGAUGAUGAUGAGCUAGACAUUCUGAAUAAGGAGGAAGAAUUUUCCCUACCACCAAGUUUUUUCCCCAAGAAUCGUUGA